AUGGUAUAAGAGAUUCAGCGAUAUUCGAUUCAAGAGAGAUUCCAGACGCCCGUCGUCAGAUUCGCCGACGAAUACGAGGCCUCCGUGGCGUGUAAAGGGCAGGGUCGGAGGAAAAAUCCUGUGGCCAAGCAAGUCGACCAAGAUUCUUCGGACGAUUCUGAGACAGAAGUAGAUAUCUAUUUUAUAAAUCUAGCAGUUUCCAUAACAUUUUUGCUUUUCCUAUAACUGAUAGGGUUUGUAAACUUUUUCAGUCGCUAUAUUGAAAAAGUUUUGCUUCGAAAAAAACCUAGAAAAAGCCGCGUUGCGUACGCGUCGCGGCUUUUGGCGGAAAACUUUAAGUCAAACGCGAGCCAUCCUUUUUUCUUUUCUCCUUCUAUCCAAGUAGUGAGAAAAACUACUGAAAAACGGUUGUUCUGUGCGCAAAAUUCGCUUUUUUUAGCCGAAAUAUCGGGAAAAGCAAGCUUUCAGGAACCCGACAGUCCCAAAUGAACUGAUAGAUUGAUUUUUCGAUUAACAAAGAGCAUUUUUAAGCAUCGAAACUCCCUUUCAUGUUCAAUUUUUCCUCGUUUUUCAAUAAUAUUAGGUCUGAAAUCCUUGAUGAAAAUUUGUCGAGUUUCAAAAGCGAACUAUCAAUCAAAGCUCGAAAAACUGGGUAAAACAUGCAAUUAACUAAAAAUCUCAGAAAACGCUUUGUGAAGCUGAAAUUGAACGGCUAGAGCUCUUAGUGAAAAGUUUUCAAAUCAAGUAGGUCUCUAAAUUCUAAAGUUUUGACUGACUGAUGAGUUUUUAUACCUUUUUAUCGUAUCUCAAGCCAGGAAGUCGAAAAAAAACUAGAAGUUAUUUUCAAAUUUUAGUUUUCCGUUCUGGUAUUUUAAAUUUAAUGUUAAGGAGAAAGUGGACAAAGACUCAGUCAAAAGAGCGAAGAAGCUGGUGAAAACCGAGUACGAGCCGAUCCUUGAAGCCUACGAAGCACGCAUCCAAAAUGAAGAGAUGGUUUACCAAUCAAAAAAUAACAAUCCAAAUAACCAACGAAUCUAGGUCAAAUUCCAAUCGAUGCUCAGUAGUUUACCCAAAGGACACGCCGAGCAACGGAAUCUGAAGUUGGAACGGCCAGAGUAUAUCCCUCAAAUGGCCCCUCAAGAUUCGAUAGCUCUCAUGAAGGUUCGUAUGAGAUCGAAUUGAACAGUAGUAAUGGAAAAUGCAGACGAAAACGGGGAAGUCGAGAGCCGAUGCGAAGACUGAACAGAAAAUGCGGUGUUUUCUCAUCCCGUCGAUCCAGGUCCUUCCCAAAAUGACCUAUUGGGUCCAUGUGGAGAGCAACGUUAAGGUCAGUUUGAUAAUGAUUAUUUCAGAGGGUACUCGAAGGAACAUAUUUUUGUGGGCUUCUUAGUUUCCAAAAUCUAGUUUUUGUUGUGAAUCAAAUCUUGUGAUCUGGAAUAUUUAACAACCAAUGUAUUCGAUGAUUCUCUUCUCUCUUCGAAUACAUCAGUACAUUUCCAUAGCGUACAUCGGCUAGAUCCCAGGCCUACCCCGGGAUGGUAUCUAGCCGGCGCAUGUCCCAUAGACUUUAGGGUCUGUUAAGUUUGAAAAGAGAACGGUAGAUCAUACACAAGUUAUAUUUAGGCUAUAGCCUCUCAGAAUAUCUUUAAUUGAGGAUUAAUAAGUUUUUUUUUAAAUAUACAAGGACCUUAAUUAAUAUAAAACCACUUUAGUUUUGAAGUUUUAAUAAUCGAAGUUUUAUUGAGAACUCAAGGAAGCAUUUGUUGUUCUUUUUUAGUAGUAAAUAAGGAGUUUUGUAGGAGUGUUUGUCAGAAAACUAUAAGUCCUUUCUGACCAGAAAAGUGUUUUUAUUAGUGAAAAAAAAUCGGUUGUUCGAUUAGCGACCAUGAAAAGUCUGCAUUCAGCCUGACAAGGAGCUCGUUUUACUUUUUGGUUGCGAAUUUCGUGAAAUUACGCGAGAAUAUACCUUAAAAAGCCAAGUUAGAGUCCUGUAAGUGUCAACCUGAAAACUCCCAACUUUCAAGGAUUUCCCAAUCGUAAAGUAAAAUUACCUUCCUUGUGAGCAUAAGAAUAUAUAAUCUCAAACCUCACACGGCGAGCAUCUUCCUAUGAAGGAUUUUAUGUUCUCAACACUUUGAAGAUGAAAAUCUGACUGGGUUAAUUCAGACGGAAGACAUCAACCGCUUGAGCCAUAUCCCCUUCGUAAACGAUAGUCAGAACGACGCGACCCUUUGCAAAAGCCUUCGAAAACUGUUCGACGAAGGAAUUCACGGAUAUUUGAAUAACUGGCAGUACAUUAACGACUAUACGAUGUAUGCUCUAUUGAAACGGGUGUUGCCCCAAUGGACGGAAGGUUCGUAGAAAUGAGGAAGGAAACUGAGGGAGAAAAGGAGGUUCAGAUGAAAACGACAUGUUCUACGCCAUCUAUUCGUUGUUCCCCAAUAAGCUCUCACACAAGCAAAUUCGCGAAGCGUAAGUUCUGUUUUGGGAUGAGAAAAACUAAAGAAGAUAUUCAAGAAGUCGUUUUAGAUGAAUAAAAAAACUUAGAAAGAGACAGUUUACUCCCGUGACCGUUAAUUAGAAUGGCUCAACGCGUUGCGCACGCGCUGCGGUUCGAGUUGAUAUUUCAAAGUUAGUCGCUGAGUAAUUCGCUUUGUGGUCGGGCGCAGUUUCCAAAGAACCGCUUCGCAUCCGUCGCGUGUUGAGUCAUUCCCAGUAUGUCUUUCGAAAAGUUGUUUUUAUUGUUUAUUGGUUUCAACUAUGCUCAAACCCUGAAAAAGGUUUGAAUUUUCCAUAUUUCAGGCUUGAAACUGUUUGAAACCUACUUUUUAAAAAAUAUGAAUUUUUUAAGUGCAGAAUUUUGAAAUAAUUGAUAAUCUUUUUUUAACUGAUAAGUUUUGAUGUAACUCUACAAGUUUUAGUUCCUGGAAAAACUUUUCACCUCUUUACAAUUUUAUAUUUCUCGUAUAAAUUCAAGAAAAAAGUUCAAUAAAAAAGAUCAGGAGGCUCCUGAAGAGACUGCUAGAGAAAACCUAAAACCUGGAUUUCUUUAAUUUCUUGCAGUUUCGAAGAUUACAAGGUCCGGUUUGAUAAGCUCCCGGUUCUGCAGAUCAAGGUUGAAGAGUAGAAAGACAAAUCAUCAUUUUUCAACUUUCAGAGCGAAAAAGAAUGUGAUCGCGAAGAUUUACACAGCGUUCAAGCACUGAGAUGCGUCCAGUGCAACACUUUGGACUGUAUCUAUCACGGUUGGUUUUUUUUGGGAGCAGGUGAAAAAGAAAAAUGAAAGCUUUUAAAUACUAGCCGUAGAAAAUAAAGGAAAAAAAAUUUUGAUGAAAAAAAUUUUUAUCUAUUUUUUUCUGUUCUAGUGUAAUUUUUAGGGUUAAUUAGGAACUCCAGAGUGGUCCCUGUAGGGGCAACCUUAGGGGUCUUAAGAGGGUACCCUCUAGGGAACCAGAGAAAAGCGACCCUCCCGUAGGGCCUAUAUCAGACCUAUCUUUAUUCCUAGUUUUUUCAAAUUUUUAUAAGUCGAAUUUCUCCUCCCGGACCUUGAGUUUUUGCCCGUGUCCGAACGGGUGGCAGAAAAAAACUCAAGAAAAAAGCUUUUUUUUUUUCCAGGUUUCAAUCCGAAGGCUCUCAUAUUGGACCACGAAACUCUGUCUUCUUUGGAUUUGACCAUACCGCUGCCUUUCGGCGACCUUUCCAGCAAUGAAAAUAAGGCUCUCAACGAUGAUUUCGAGCCCUGUUCUGAGUCUUGCUACUACCGGAUCGAUCGAAAGGUGCUUCGCUAAAACUAACUUGCAUCAAGUUUCACAUGGUCCAUUCGUCACAAAUUCAAACAACCUGGUUUCUCUAAGACUCUCUCAUAUUUACGUGCCUUUUUUUAUGUAUGCAUGACCUUACUGUCAAGAAAAAAGAGGGCACAUCGGUGUCUGAUUUUCCAAACUUGAAAAUUCCCGCAGGCACGUGGAAUUGCUCGACGCGUCGUUGCUUUGAAAUGAACCCGACCUGAAACUACUUGCGCUUAAAGCCAUCAAAAUAUUAAAAAGAGCUUCCUAGCCAUUCCCAGUGCGACCACGGUUUUCAAAGAAAAGAAAGUUGAGAGGCCUGAGCGAAAAUAAUGAAAAAAGGUUGAAACAGAGAAAACAAUUAUACCAAGAGGUCCGCAUUUGGAAUGGCUGCAACGAUCCAAGAUACGCGUCCGACCGGAAACGAUUUGCGCGAAAGGUUAUAUAAAUCCAACAGCGGCCCUUUGAGCCAUUCCACGUGCGACCACGGCUUUCCCAAGGACCUGGAUAGACAUUUUCCAACUUCAGACGGUCAUGGAGAAAAUCGUUUGUGAGGAGGCGCGGCAGGCGAUUGCCGAAAAUGAUAGAUCCGCCGUUUUUCGCGUCGAGACCAAAGAACUCUACGAAGAAUUGCCGUCCAUAGCGGUCCUCAUGUUCACCAAACUCUCGAAAAAGGUCUCGAUUUGAUUCCUUCCUGAUCUUGUUCCCUACACUAACCCUACACUGCACCUAAACACUAAUUGGUUUUCAAGUGGACACUUGAGUGAUAUUGAAGCUUCUAGAAUGAUCGCUAAACUUCUAAAACUAACCCAACUUCAUUUGAAACGCCUCGGUCGCGCGUGGAAUGGCUUAAACCUUACCAAACGCUUUCUGAAGUCACUGAGCGCAAGUAGUUUUGGGUCGGGUGUGACUAUCUACGUUGAAGGCAGGACGAGUAGAGUAUAGAUUUUUUCUACAAGAAGCGCUGUCGAGCUCAAAUUUCUCUUGACAAACUCAAUAAAUGUCCUGAAAAGUACUGUAUGGCGAUCCGCUGGUCGCACUUGGAAUGGCUCGCGUCCGACCAGAAACGAUUUGCGCAAGAAAAAACUGCUUUGAGCCAUUCCAAGUGUGGCCAUGGUUCUUCAAGUUUAGAAGAAAUGGAAGGAGAUUUUUCAAAACGUCAAUUUUUAGGAGAAGGACGCGGAAUUCAUAACCUUAUUCAAAAUGCCGUGCAAUUAUAGCAGAAUGAUGCGUGGUGUGACAAAAGAUCGAAAAAAUCCGACGUGUUCUGAGGUUUUUUUUAAUGAUUCUAAAUUUCUUUUUUUUUUUCUCGAGGUACUUUUUUAUGUAAUUUGAACAACUUGUAGCCAAAUAUAACCUUUUUUGCAGCUCUACAAUCUUCUGCUAAAAAAUUCAAAAGAUGUGGUCACCAAACGAGAAAUCCCCAAAAAGAAAAUGUAUGUUUUUCUUCGAAUUUUCUUCCUGAUGAUUGAAAUUUCAGAAGUGCCAAAAAUCAGCACCGUUCCUUCAGGAAUAGCACCUGGGCCGGCAGUCAGGGAACUGUUCGUUUUGAUUUUCGGAUCUGAAAAUGAUAAAAUAAAUUUGAGAAGUAUCUUUGAGAUUUGGGGCGGUAGGUUGGCCCUCGCAAGUACCUGACUGUCCCUCUCCGUAUAUUUCUUUUUUAGUUUUUUAUUUAACAAAAGGAAGGCUCUUAAAAAUAAGUUUUUUUUUUGGUCCUUUCAAAGUCUGUGUGCCACGAAUUGAAAUUUCACCGAACGACAUUCCGCUGUUCCGCUGCGAAGCGCUUGCGCCUUUGCGAGCCUCGGUAGCGCUUUUUUUUUUUGGUUAUCAUUGCUGGUAGAUCACUGGAACACGCGAAAAUAAAGUACUGAAAUAGAAGAAUUCGUAAAGGCUAAGAUGCUUCGCGACCGCACGUAGCGGAACAGCGGAAUGUCGUUCAGUGAAAUUCCAAGUCGUGGUACACAAACUAUAGCAGCCGUUCUUCAGUCUCUCUCUUUUUUUUUGCAACCUUUUGAACUUCGUCUGAGUAAAGGGUAGCCUGGGAAUUCUGUGAAAAAACGAUUAUUCGGUUGCAGAUCGACAAUAACAGACGCCUAAUCCCGUGUAAUCAUGAGGGUCCCUGCCACCAGAAUCCGGACUGCAUUUGCUCAGCCAAUGGGAUUUGCACCAAAUUCUGCAUGUGCUCCGACGAAUGCCGCAUAAAGUUUCCAGGGUGUCGGUGUGCGCCAGGUCAGAGAUUCUGAGAGAAAAAAAAAAUAGAAAAAAAGGUUUCCACCUGAGAAAAGGUGAACUUUAAGGGUUUGUUGGAAAUUUUUGGAGAUCCAUGAAAAAUAUUUUGGCCGUUAUCUUUUCAGUUAAGGAAUCUUAAAGACACAAAAAUCCUAGGGGCCACUUAGGAACUCUAGAGUGGUCCCUAUAAAGGUCUCUUGAGGGUCUCCUCUAGAGACCACUUUACCAACCCCUAUAAAGCCCACUGAAGCUUGCAAAAGUGGUCCCUGUAGGGGUUUUGGUUAGUGGCCUCUAUAGGCAUGCUAGUCGAUUUUUUAUGAACUUUAUAUCAAGUAGCAUUUUCAUGUGAUAAACUAGACCAAUUUUUUGAAUAAUUGAGAAACCCCUAUAGGGACCUUUUUCUGCUCCUAUACGGGCUGUUUGAUGGUACGACAAAAUCUCAAGUCCGCAAAUCUCGAGGACCGUAAUCUUGUGUACGCAGAUCUAAAGUCCCAUAAUCUUGGAGACCAAAAUCUUGGAGACCAAAAUCUUGGAAACCACAAUCUUGGAAAGUAAAAAUCAACGCUUUUGCGAAUAGAUUUUAUCAGAAAUUGUAUUCGGCGAUCCAAACAAGAGAAUAUAAGUAGAUAAAGUGCAAUAAAGAAGACUAAGAAGGAAGAUGUUUGCUUUCCAAGAUUGUGGUUUCCAAGAUUAUGGGACUUAAGAUCUGCGUACACAAGAUUACGGUCCUCGAGAUUUGCGGACUUGAGAUUUUGUCGUACCAUCGGCCGUUUUUCCCUAACCCCUAUAGGGACCACUUAAAAUUCCUAAGUACAUGUUGUUUCAUGUUAUUUUUUGCACUUUCCAAGGCUCCAAGGUUUUCGAGCAUUAUUUACCUUUAGGGAGACUUUCGUUUUCUAGCUGAUUUUCUGGAAAAAAUUUAAUUUUUGUGCUAUCAAGAUAAUUAUUACAUUAAAAAUGAUUAGACCACCUUUUUGAGGUUUUGAAAAAAAAAAGAUUAGAAGCCAAUCUUCUCAGGGAACUGCCGAACGAAGCAAUGCCAAUGCUUCUUUGCCAAAUGGGAAUGCGAUCCAACCAUCUGCAAAAGUUGUUCCUGCGGUCUUCCGGAAAGCGCGAACAAGCCGAUCUGUCGCAACGUUCAGAUCUCGAAAGGCCUACAGAAACUCAUCAAGGUGCCUUUUCUAACCUGAAAAUCAUCUGAGUUUUUUUUUUCCAGGUUGGCGUUUCCACUGUCGCUGGUUUCGGCGCUUUUCUGUUGGAUACGGCGGAAAAGGUGAGUACAGCAUCAUCUUGAAAAGCGAGAUAGGUAGAUUAGCAAGGGACACGCGUUGCGUACGCGACGCGGCUUUUGGCGGGAAAUGCGAUAUUCAAAGCUACCCCCUUUUGUUUCAUGCUUUUUCUUCUUUUUUUUUCGAUAAUUCUAAAUUUUCUAUGGUUUGAAUGAAUACAGUAAAUUGAGAAGUAUAAAAACAAAUAAAAAUUUUUUUUUCUCCUAUAACUGACUCAAGGCUGGCUUGAGCCAUCGAAAAAAAGGGUCUUGACACGACAAAAAUAAAUAGUACUCCGGUAGUGGAGAGCGCAGACGAGCCACGCCCAUUUGCGCCUCAAGACAUCCGUGAACCGGCUAUAUAUUUUGUCCAUGAGUUCAUCUGACCUUGAAUUCCCCCCUCGGUAAGCCGCGUCGCGUACGCAACGCGUCACUUUGCCAAAUUACCCCCAUCGUUUUUUCAAGUCGGGAAAAAUGAAGAUUCAAGUUUCAUCCUGACUUUUAGGGCGACUUGAUCGCUGAAUACACUGGCGAGCUCAUUUCUUCGUCGGAAGCCGAUCGACGUGGCCAUAUUUAUGACCAAUUCGGCACUUCUUAUAUUUUUAGUUGGUUUUUUUUCCAUUUUGAUGUUCUCCAUCUUUUCCUUGACCAUGAGACUUUUCGCCCAUUAAAAGGGACGAAAAGGUAGAUUUUCCAAAAAUAAGAUAUUUUUCCAGGCCUCAACAGUGAGCAAUGCAUUGACGCGAAUCGGUUAGGAAACGUGAUCCGUUUCGCGAAUCACUCGGACACCUGUGCGAACUGUUAUUCACAGGUGAGAUUGAAGAAAGCUUGAAAAACAUAUUCAGAAAUUCAUAAAAUCAUAGAUACUUAUAGAAGUCAUUUCAUCAGGAUCUCGUCGAUCCAAUACCAGAAAAUUAUUUUUUGAAACUUUGAAUUCUUUCGAAAACCGCAAAUUUUUAAUUUUUCGAUGGUUUCUGAACUCAAAAAAUGAUCUGAAGCUUGUCGGUUAGAAAUUUCAUCUCAAAAAAAAAACUUACCAUUUUUUUUCUAUUGCUUCUGAACUGUUUGAAUUUUGCUAAUUAUGAAGGAAACUCCUCAAAAAAUUUUCUGAAUGAGCAACAUACGGUUAAAAACCCUAGAGUGCUUCCUAUAGGAGUUAGGGAAAAACAGCUUGCACGUGAGAAUGAUAAGUGGUCCUUAGAGGAGCAUCUUCGAGACCCCUAAAGUUGGCCCUAUAGGGAUCCGUUUUUAAGAAUUUUUCAAAUGCAGUUUCAAUUAUUUUAAUGAACAAUGUUGAUAAUUUGGAGGCUUUUUUUUCGGAAAACCCACUAAUUUUGAAUUUUUUUUACUUAUUAUAGCUCAAAGCGGCUCGAAUUUUUUAAAUCAGAAGAUGUUUUUCUGUAUUUUUUCUUUCCAAAAUGCCAUUUUAACCAAAUUAUCUUCAUCUCAAUUUUGAAGAGUGAAUUUUGAAGAUUCUCAUCGUGAACGGAGAUCACCGGAUCGGAAUCUUUGCCAAAAGACACAUCGAUUACGGCGAGGAGCUCUUCUUCGACUACAGCUAUAAUUGGCAACACAAGGAGAAGUUUGUCUCGAUCGAGCAUCCCCUCGACGCCAUCAACAAGUUCGCAUAGGAAUGAAACUUCUUUAAAAUUGACCCUUCUUUCAGGAACCGCAAAAAGAAGAAGAGAAAGCCGCCCGUACACGAGGGCGCUCCGGCGUCUGCACCGGUCAAAAAGCCCGAGAAGGAAAAACCAAAAAAAGAAAACGUGAAAGCGGAGAAAAGUACUGCCAAGACCAAUACGGCCCCCAAAAAGCCUGCGACGUCAAAGGGUACCGUCGAGCCGAAAAAGGCUUCAAAACCGCCCGUCGAGGCCAAGCCGACGACGAAAAAAAGAAACACCGCUGAGACCUCGACACAACGACGUUCGGUCCGAAAAUCCGCAUCUGAGGCCCUGACCAACCUCAAGAACAUUUGUAUGCAGGAAAACUCGACAGGUGCGCUUUUUGCUCCGUAGUCAGCUUGUCUCGCGUGAAUCGACAAAGGAUUUCUCAUUGGAGCGCGCUUUCUCAUCCCUUUUGGUGAUUUUUCAUCACCUCUGACGGCCAGGCUUGUGCGUCAGGCCGGGCGGCCCGGGUCGGCCUGGCCCGGGCUUCAGGCCUAUUAUUUUAAAAAAAGCCUGCGUGGGCUCGGGCCAGGCCGGGCAAGAAAUCUUAAAUUCAAUUUUGAAAAAAAUUUCACGAAAAAAAUUAUUUUUUUACUUGUUAAGUCAUAGUUUCUCAUAACUCUAUGAGAAAAAAAUAAGCAAAAAAAUACCACUUUUUCUCGUUAAAAGAGCGAAAAAUUCGACUUGAAGAGAAUUUGAGUUUUUUGGGCCGGGCCGGCCAUUUUUGCCUAAGGCCUCCCUAGGGCCGGGCUGGGCUGGACUUGUGAAGUGGCCGGGGGGCCGAGAGGUUGACGGGCCGGCCCUCGCACAAGCCUGCUGACGGCAUAAAGAUCGUCACAACUAUUUCCUUGAAGUACGCUUCGUCGUUAUCUAGCUGCGAGAAAACGAAGAAAUAGUGUAGAUCAGAGAAAGAGUUGUGGCGAUCUGUCAGAAUUGUUUUAUCAUCAGGUGAGAAAGAGCGCCCCAAUGAUAAGUCUCUUGUCGAUUUACACAAGGUGAAAGAAAGUAGUCUGCUAGUUGUUAGAUUCGAUGCGAAAUGCGUUUUGCUCGUAAAUUUUAACUUUUUUGUAAGUUCCUACUUUUCAUUUAUGCAAAAGUAGGAACUCCUAAAAUUCUCAUAAAUCUCGACCAAUUUGCUCGCUUGGAUUAAAAGUUAUGAGAAUGGUUCGAUUUCCUUUAGUAUGUGACAGUCUAGCCGCCACUAUGAAAAAAAAAUUCGCAGCAUUCAUUCAAAUCUGGCACGAUCACUGGAUAUAGAAAUGUGCUCGUUUCGAAAAAAAAAAAUCAAUUUCCUAUAGAAAAGUUCAUCAUUGUAGUAGCGCAUCAGGAGGCUCAUUUUUGUCAUAAACCCUUUUUCUCACUAAUUUAUGUAUAAAAAGCUCUUCAGACGCAGUCAAGCCCAGUAGCUCGGCACAACCGUCCGGUUCGACGAUGAUAAAGAAGCGAAACUUGCCGAGUCGCGCCGUCAAAUCGCCGACCGAGCAGCCGAUUUGCAAGCGUAUCAAGUCGCAAAAGGCCGAUUCAAGGUAUUUUGUCUCGAAAAUGGGCAAAUGAAAAGGGCCAUUGGGAAUUCUUUUUUGCUCUGCCAUGGCUGAUGAGGAUGAUGAAAGGAGUUAUUAAUAAAAAAAUUAUAAAUAAGUUUAAAUUUCGAGAGGAUCUAUUAAGCAAAUCAGAAAGUGUCCAAAAAGCAAAUAGAAGCGAUAGCCAAUUUUUUUAGAAAUAUUUUGCGCUCUAUAGCAUGUUUUAACUACUCAAACCAAAUAAAUACCAUUAUCUUCUUCAAAAUUUACCGAAAAAUCGAGAUAAAAAGCUGUAAUAUUCACUACGAUUUUUCACGUUGAAGCAAAAAUUCAAAAAAAAAAUUGUCCAGUUCAUGAAGUUCAACUUUCAGCCCAUCGGACGACGACAACUAG